AUGUUUGUCCGCAUUCGGGGCAAGGGCGCCUGCCCAGAGAACUCGCAGGCGGCAGCGAUGAGCAUUCGCGGCUUCCGACACACGCACAGCCCGCCGCCCUUGGAUUCGCAUUAUUCAGUGCUGCUCCUGCCACCGAGCUUGACGUCCACGUCCACGGAUGCGGCGACGAAGACAGACAAGCCUGCUGGACCACCAACUGCAGCAGCGGAGCCAUUCCGCUUUGCACUUUUUCCAGCUGGUAUUCAGGCAGCAACCCCUGCUGCGGCGCAGGCACAGUACAUGAGCCUAUCGAUGGCAGCGAUUUCCUCUGCCAAGGCAAACGACGGCGCCACAACUACUGCCCCGCUGUCGCCUCCGGUGACACUCGACAGCGAGGCAAACCGCAUGCUGUGGAAGGAGACGUGGAACUUAUACGACAUUCUCUACGACGAGGUGCCGCUCUUGCCCUGGAUCGAGACGACCGACGAUGGGGUGGCGGCGGCUUUGGUGGAGACGGUGGAGCGGGAGCUUUGCAAACUCGCUUUGUCCGACGUGGCGUCGCCAAUGACGACAGAGUUGCACGCGUUGGCAUCGUUGGCGGACAAGACGGACGGCUUCAAGCUCGCCUCCGCUUGCACGGGCAGCCGUCAGGUGGUGGUGUGCGCACACUACUACUCCCCUGCCCCCCUGUCGGAGAAUUUGUUUCACGGCGUUGAGGGGCGCCGCGCCUCCAACGCAGCGGAGCCGAGAUCGGCAGCCUCGCCCGUGUCGAUGGAGGGGCCUGUGGUGGUUUUGGAUCUCGCCGACUUACCGGCUGCACAAGCCGGCGGCAAGGCGAUGGUGAAUGUUGCCUGGUACAUCGCGUUUGCAGCGAUGCAGCCCGACAGUGCGCUGCUCCGCUGCCGCGCUGUCGUGGUGCGCCUCCCCUACACGUCGGUUCCGACGUACACGCAGGCUUGCAGGCACUGCGCCUUGUCGACUUCGUCUGCAGGCGCGGCACCGACCAUGGCGGAUGCUUUCCGCGAAGCGGUUGAUUUCAUCGGCGAGCACGUGGCCGCUGUCUAUCAAGGUAUGGUGCUGGCGUUGCAGGCCGCAUCUCCUGAGUUGGCAGCGAAGUGCACAGCGGCACCACCAGUGGUGGUGAUUGGUAGCACGCCGGCGGCGCUCAGUAGCUGUCUUGGCUUUCUGCUUGAAACUUCUGUUGCAUCGACUACGGAGAAGUUCAAUCGUGCCAACGUCGUUGUUAUCUACGGCGAUCAUCUCGGCCCGAUGGAUACGGGCAGCGCUGGCGCCAGCGACACGCACAGUGCCGUUGAGGCCCGCAGUGCACACAUGGUGGGGCAAUACAAGUCCAUUGGGGGUACUUGCGGCUUCCCGGUGGAUUUUGAGAUGGUGCUGGUGCCGCUGAAGGCGUUGCUCGAUGGCGGAGAGGAGCCAUGGGACGAGUACACGCUGCGGGAGCGAGCUCGACUGAACUUUUGCCCGUGCUGUGGCGACUGCAGUAACAACAACAACAACAAAGGCUGUUUCAACAAGCAUGACGAUGGACUCGGUCAUUGCGGUAGCCAUUAG